GUAGGAGAGGAGUCUGUUUUUCAAUAUGAAAAAUUAGAAAAACUUCGAGAAGAUUUUCCAAAAGAUAAAGAAGAUGAAGCCGAAGAAGAAGAACGAAAACCACCCUCGCCAACAUUUCGUUCAGUUAGUGCAAGAGGUGAUAAUACUGAUGCAAACACCUUUGAUGUCCAGAUUAGUGGUGAUGAAGAUGGUAAUGAUACUGAUGGAGUUUUUACUCAAAAACCAUCAACAACACCAUCACCAUCAACAGUAUCUAAAAGAGCACAACAAUCUAUAAAGCCUUUGAAUGAAAAAGGUUCAGUAUUAUAUAAUAAUUAUAUUGAAACUUCGCUAAAAAGAGCUUCAUUAGAAACAGAAAAAGAAAUUCUUUUUUUAGCCGAACGAAGCGUUCCAGAAACGUCCUUCGAAAUACAAAAAGCACAACAGAUGACUCCUGUAUUACGAAAGGAUUUUGUGCUCCAAAUUGAUGUGGUUGUUAAGAAAAUAAAUAAAAUCUUUGUUGAACAUUUAUGGAUAUUACCUAAACAACGAUUACAAAUCUUUAUAGAUACACUAGAAAAGAUCUUAAUCGAUUGUCAUGAUAGAUAUCCUACUUCUGUUCAAUUAAAAGAAAUUAAUAAUUUAUUAAAUAAAUUUGAAACUACACAUACAAUCAUUAGAAAAACCGAUAAAUCUAAAGUAUUUCAUCUUGGUAAAUCUAUUGAUUAUAAAAUGAAAGCACAAAUUUAUAUGAAUAAAAUUAAAGCAUAUCAAGAUUUGGGUAACGUAAAUCCACUUGAAUCUUUAGUUGAACGGACAAAUAAUCUACUCUAUGGUUUAUGGACUAGUAAACAUAUUAGCCAAAAGCAAUAUGAAAGUUUAAGAGUACAUAAAGAUGAAGCUGAAUUAGCACAUCUCUAUUUCUUACCUAAAGCACAUAAACCAAAUACACCAUUACGACCAAUAAUGGCAGGUCUUAAAACUCCUACCAUAAAGAUUUCUAAAUGGUUAGAUGGUUUAUUGAGACCACUAUUUGAUCGAUUAGCAGUUGAUACAACUAUUAUUAAUGGUGUUCAACUAAUUAAACAAGUAGAAAGAUGGUCGGCUAGUAAUCUUACAUUAGCCACAUCAUUCAUAACAAUGGAUGUUACUGAUCUAUAUACAAUGAUCCCACAGGAAGGAGGAGUAACAGCUAUUAAACGUUUGAUGGAAACAUCAAAUUUAAAACAAAUCGAUGGUGUUAAAAAAGAGAUUACACUAGCUCUUACCAGAUUUGUAAUGACUAACAAUUAUUUCUAUCUUGAUGGGUCUUAUUAUAAACAAAUAAGAGGAGGAGCGAUGGGAUCGCCACUUACCCUGACAGCAGCAAAUACAUACAUGUACUUUGUUGAACGUCCAAUAUCUAAAUGGGCUCAUAGGACAUGUUCAUUAUACUAUAGAUAUAUUGAUGAUCUAUUCAUUAUGUCAAAUAUACAUGCAGAUAUAUUAAAAGGUCUUGUAAGAUUCUGGAAUAGGCUCGAUAGUAAUAUUGAACUUUCUGAAUCUAUAGGAUCAACUGCAGAGUAUCUUGAUGUGAAACUUGAGAAUAGAGGAGGAGUAAUGAUAACUGAAGUGUUUCACAAACCUUCACAUGAACCAUAUUCUCUUCCUUUCACAAGCACACAUGCACAACAUAUAAAAAAGAAUAUUCCGUAUGUAGCUCUUACUCGAGCAAUAAGGUAUUCUUCAAAUUUCGAUGCGUAUAAACGUGAAGAAAUACAUAUAUGUAUGUCACUAUUAUUGAAUAAAUAUCCAAUAUAUUUUAUUCUUAAACAAUUUGAAAGAGUCUUACAGACAUUUCAAUGUGCAGUACCUAUAAGAAAGAAUUAUUCUGAAAUAAGAAAAAUCUUUUUAGAUGCUGUAGAUAAGAAUAAUAAUAAUAAUGCAAAGAAGGCUAAUAUCGAUUUCGAAGUUAACAUUUUAUGUCAUUUCUCUUUCACAAAAGGAAUGCAUGUUUUCUCUACUAGAUUUCAUGAACUUUGGAAAACUUGUUUUUCUGAUACUGUCAUUUGUAAUAUGAAACCGAUUGUUGGUUCUAAAAAAUUGAAUAAUCUUCAGGAUUGUCUUGUAAAAAAGAAACCUGAACAGUCAAUACUUAAAAUUAAAUAA